AAGGAUGAAUUGGGCAAAGGAAGUUUCGACGGUGUCUACAAAGGUGUGAUGCCAGGCACCGGAUUGGAAGUUGCAGUCAAGAAAGUAUCGCCUGAGUCAAAACAAGGAAUGAGGGAGUUUGUUGCAGAUGUGUCGAGCUUGGGGAGGAUGAGACACAUAAACUUGGUCCAAUUGCAUGGUUGGUGUAGAUGAGGAGACGACCUGCUCUUGGUUUAUGAAUUCAUGCCAAAUGGGAGCCUAGACAGUUUGCUUUUUGAUGUGAAAGCAGGAAUCCUCAGUUGGGAACAGAGGUUCAAUAUUCUGAAGGGAAUUGCUUCCAGCCUGCUGUAUCUUCAUGAAGAAUGGGAGCAAGUGGUUGUGCACAGGGAUGUGAAAGCAAGUCAUGUGUUGUUGGAUGGUGAUCUAAAUGGCAGGUUGAGUGAUUUUGGGCUUGCCAUACUCUAUGAGCAUGGGACCAACCCAAAGACAACCCACAUCAUUGGGAGUUUCGGGUACAUGGCGCUGGAGCUCUCCCACAUCUACAAGUCCAAGAGUUCGGAUGUGUAUUCUUAUGGUGCCUUACUCCUAAAGGUGGCCUGUGGAAGGAGGCCUUUUGAGCCCAGGAAGCCCUCUGAGGAGAUUAUUCUGGUGGAGUUAGUUGACUAUUUGUGGCAAGGUGGACAAACACUGGACGCUAUGGACAAGAAGCUUGAGAAUUGCUAUGUGGUGGAGGAAGGAGAGCUUGUGCUGAAGCUUGGCGUGCUCUGCUCACAGACUGCGCCUGAAUAUCUAAUGGCAAUGCCUCGGUGCAAGAAUAUCUAAAUUACAAGGAUUCAGUACUUCAAGAUGA